AUGCCGGCUAGUGAGUUUCGCGCUCAUCGCCAAGAAGCUUCCCAACCCGGUCGAUACGCUCAUCUGAGGGACGUGAAAUCUGGAGAUUUGGAUUAUUCCAUUUCUUUCAUACUGAAGCUACCCGAAGUCCACCAGUCCGAAAUUGAAUUUCUACUUGUGGUUAGCGAUGCCCACGAUUACCCCGACAAUCACACUUUCCUCGUCAGUGCAUCCAGUCAAGAGAUCACGGAUGAAGUCGCAACUAUCAUCGAAAUAUGUCAGGAGCCACAACGCUUCUCGGGCAUCAGUAUCGACGACUCUUUGAUGGCCAUCGAUGGCCUAUCGUUUGCCGCCUCUAAAUCCCCAAGUCAUGCAGAAACCUGUUCAGCAUCUGGUGGAGAAAUUCCUGGAUUCGAAAUUUCAAAUGAAUCCGAUGACAGCGUUGAUUUCGACGAUGGGUACGAAUGGGAACCUUAUCCACAAGCCACAUCGCUUCUUCGCGAGAUGCGCAAUCAUGAUCUACACACCGCCAGUACACGUGGGUUUCGAGUCGGAUACCUUGAGGAUACAAAGGGCGAAAUGAUAGUUUCAGUCUCCUGUCAAAUCUCCAAGCUGGACAUAUCCAACGAUGCGCUGCAAGCCUGGGGCGUUGAACGCUCGGAGAAUCUCGUCCUAUUCAUCCGGUAUCCCAGAUCAUACCAAACCCUGCAACAAAUCUUCCAGACUCGUGAGAUUUCUCUCUCUGGGAUUGAGAUGCGGAUACCUCGAAGUGGAAAUGACCUUCUCUCUUCCGACCCAGACAGGCAACCAGGACUCAGAGAUUUGUUUAUCUCAUACUCUCUGCAUCACGUUCUAAACAAGCGAUUUAUCUCCAUUGCUAAGCUUCGAAGCGACUUCAACCUCUCAUGGACAGGUGCGGAGCUUUUCUCUUACGAAAUGCAAGGCAAGACAAUCGAUGAUGCCGGGCUGGAAGAAAAGCAUUGGGCUCAAGAUGAAUGGUCGACCCCUGUUCCUUAUCUCAUGGAGUGCGAUCACUUUGCGGAUGCCGGAGGAAAGGUGGAAGAUUUGUCAUUACCACUUCUUGCCAUGCAAUACACCCUCCGGCACUUUGUCAGAUGCCCGGAAUUUUGUCUAGUCUGCCACUGCAAGACUGGUGAUGGGUUUGAAUCACUGAAACCCUAUGUCUGUUCCCGCCCACUGUGUCUUUUUCAGUAUCUGGAGCUAGGGUUGGGUGCUAGCAUUGAAUGUGAGGUAAGGUCAAAGCCGAUGGUAGUCGACCUCUUAGUAUCUCUCGCAUAUGCGAGUGCAGCAUCUGGUCAGCUUGACACAUUUCCAGACGGACUGCGUCUGAAGGUCCCGCUCAAGAACAGGUAUGCUUUUGAUCAAACUGGGAAGAUGCAAAUUAUCGACUUCACAAGCCGUGCACUUCUAGAUCCAGUGAAUAUGGUUCUUUCCGGGUCGAAUUUGGAAAAUCUUCAUUCAGAAGAUUGGAUCAUGAUAUGCGACGCAGAGCCUGCCAAUCCCACGGUAACUUGGCAUUGUCAGGUUACGCGAGUUCCUCUCAAAAACGAGGUUGUUCUAUCCUACCCGGUUAAGAUUACCAAUGAAGUGACUUCCCUAUCUCCUACAACGACGCAGGGCUCGGUGCUUCCCCCCUCCAAUACUACAAAACACCACAUCAAAUUCUCUCGUUACCAUCACGACUUUGAAGAAUUGUCGCACCAAGACAAACGAAGUUCAAUCAAGCUGCUGCUUGAUACUUUGCCAAGCAUUGAUAUAAUUGCAGAUCUCCUCAGUGAAUCCAGUACCCGAGGUCUUCGCUCAUGCUUAAAGGGUAGAGUUAGCCCAGCAGCCUUCGACUUGCUCCGUUGGAUCAUCGCCUCAAACCGAUCAUACAUUGUGCAUGAAACCGAGAAAUCGGCCCAUAUCCACGAGCAGAUGAGUAAGCAUCUCAGAUUUCGGUUUAUACAGGGUGCUCCUGAUAGGGAACAUCGCUUCCUGAAAGCUGUACAGACCCACGCAGACAACAUUGAGCCUUCAACAAUUUCCGCAUGGCAUGGAAGCCCACUUCACAACUGGCACGGCAUCCUGAGAGAGGGCCUUCACUUUCGCAAGAUUACACAUGGUCGUUCCAGUGGGAAUGGGGUUUACCUUUCGCCAAAUUUCUCGGAAUCAUUGUCCUUCUCUCAAAGAGGUGCGGGAGGUAAGAAUUGGCCGCAAAGCGUGCUGGAUAUCCAGUACGUUAUCUCUCUCAACGAAAUCAUCAACUGUCCAGACAACUUUGUCUGUAGAGCGCCACACUACGUUGUGCAAUUCAUAGACUGGAUUCAACCAAGAUAUCUUCUUGUUAAGAUUCCUACUUCACACCCAAAAUCACCCCGAAAGGGAAAGCGGCCAACCUCGAACCCACGGACCGAGGAGGACAUUGUGACAGACAGAGUGUCAAAGAAAGCGCGAAAGUACUCCGCUGGCCAGUUGGAUUCGAUCUGGAACUCACUGGAUGCUGAAGAUGGAGGCCCACUCCUUCUGUAG